CGCCGCGCUACGGCGGCGCCCGCGUCCGCUUGCUCGCUCAUUUCUCCCGAUGCCCUCGUCGAGUCGCGUGGCUCCGAGCGCGACGAGAAUCCCCGAGCGAGCGUGGCACGGGCGACGCAGCUGACGGCACGAGCGAAAAGAGAGAGAGAGCGAGAGCGAACGAGGCUCUCGGUGCGAGCUCGGUCUCGUCGCGGCAGGAGGAGCGGUGGAGGGAGAGGGCGUACGUUUUGACGUACGGUCAGUCGCCGUUGACGCUGGUCGUGUCAUUCGUAGAGGCGCAGGUCGGCCGGCGCGGCGCGCGGACGACGGUGCGCCAUCCGUGAGAACGUCGCCGUCCGCUGUUCCCUAGGCCCACCCGAGUGCGCGCGGAUUCGUGCGAGAGUGUGUGCGCGCGCGUGUGUGCGUGCGUGUGUCUAGUGUGUCCGCGUGCGCGCGCGCGCGCGCGUGCAUGUGUGCGUGUGUCCGUGCGCGAUCCGCGGUGGGCCAGGAUGGAUUACGUGCAGAUAAAGGACAUCCGCGCGGGCCAGAAGAACAUCAACGUGGUGUUUAUCGUUUUGGAGGUUAGUCACCCCACCAUCACCAAAGAGAACCGCGAAGUUCGAACGUUCAAGGUGGCCGACAGCACCGCCUGCAUGAACGUCUCCAUCUGGGACGAGCCCGGCCAGCUCCUGAUGCCGGGCGACAUCGUGCGGCUCACCAAGGGCUACGCGUCCGUCUGGCGGCAGUGCCUGACCCUGUACUCGGGCAAGAACGGCGACAUCCAGAAGAUCGGCGAGUUCUGCAUGGUAAUUAACGAGCAGGUCAACAUGAGCGACCCGAACCCGCUGCUGGGGCAGCAGCUGGUCAACCAGAGCGGCUCGGGCCCGCCCAGCAGCAACGUCAACAACAGCAUCACCAACAACGGCAACGCCAACAGUAUCCCGGCCCAACCUGGACGGCAACCUCCGCGAGACACUAGCGUCCCGAGGAAGCAGAAAGGCGAAAAGAUGCAAGUCAAAGCAACGCAACGGCUCCCAGUAGCGGGUCUGCAACGAGUUCGACGACCGCCAAGAGCGGAAACGGUGGCGGUAGUGGAAACGGCAACGGUAAUAGCACGAGCAGCAGCAGCGGUGGCGGCAGCGGUAGCGGCAGCGGCUCGGGAGGUUCAGCGCGAUACUCCUCGUCGGAAUCGACAGCGAAGUCGGCGCCGACGACCAAGAGCAACUCGCGCGGACGCGGCAGCUACAGGAACGGCGGGCGCAGCGACCGGAGAUAACACACGAGAAAGAAGCGGCUGAUUAUAUGCGUGUAAACGAGCGAACGAACGAAUGAAUGUGGUGCGCGACAGAUCCGCGCGACUGUAAUAUGUUGUUUUCUUUUUUCUUCUCUUUUUCUUUUUGAAUUCCAGUUCCAGACGCGCGUUUUAUCAAGCCGGGGAACACUACGUAUCGGGCGCAACGGGCGAUCGUCGCGAGGUAUUCCCUGAGAACGAGCACGCGAACUUUCGUUUGUCUCGGUAGUGGACACUCGAUUCCACCUUCUCGAGCAAUUCUGUUAUGGAUAUUUCGAAUCGCUUCAGGCAUUUAAAGUAAAAAAUUGUAAUCUCAGCAAAUGUACAUCUUUUCAAAAACACUGAGAGCCACAAUAAAAAAAAGUCAUAUUACUGUUAGCAAAAGCUGUAGUUAAUAUUCAUUGAGAUAAGAAUGUUACUGUUGCUUAUUUUCGAGACGUUUAAGAAAACUGUUGUGAAAUGUAUUAAAAUUGUCAAAUUUUUUUAAUUGAUUUUAUAAUUAAGGUGUUGUUUUUUUUUGGAGUUCUAUUUGAUUUUAUAUAAUAUUUGUGAAGUGAUUCGAAGAACGUGAGUUCAUUGAUACGCAAAGAUUUGAUUAACGCCGCAAUUGACGAUUAACUGUGGUAUUCACAGCUCAAAACUGUUAUUCCUGCAAUUGGAAGUGUCUCGCCUCUAAGGGAAUUUCUCAAGAGUAUUUAGCUGAGUCAAUUCCUCUUUGUUCUUUGUUCGUGGCAUAUCCUUAUUGGAUAUGCAGGGUGACGCUUAAUUACAUACAACAAAAAGACAAGUACAACGCAUUCGAUAUCUAAGAAAAGAAAAACAUUAAUAUGGUGCUUCAUUGGUACAAAAUUGUCUCGUAUUGAUACAAUGGGACCGAAUCACUUAAAAUUUCGGAAACGGAAAAGAGAGAUGUCCGUCAAAGUAGACGAAUGUUCUUAACAUCUCACAGAUUUGAAAUGCAUUGUGUGGGCAAAACAGAUUCUAGUCAGUUGCACGUAUUAUUUGAACGUUUAUUUGAAGCAACUAUUGUCAGGAAAAAGAUGCAUAUUAUAUGAAAUGCUGUUACAACUAGAUGUUUAGGAAAGUACUUUUGUCAAUUUAAAAUAUUAUAUUAUAUCAUGCAUAUUUACUUAAUGUAUGUGAUUAAAAAUCACCCUCUCCUGUAUGCAUAUAGUAAGUUUUAUAUGAUCUGUCGCGCGAAUAUUCGUAUCCGAAUACAUUAAACAUUUUGAGUUUAUUCUGACAAUUAUUCUGGUGGUAACUACUCAAUUUUAAACGACGCAGAUCAGUUAUUUACUUUGAGCAGUUCGUACAUGCAAUCGGGACCGACAGAAAUGUUACAUUGUAAUAAUAACAAACAAAUUACAUGGUGAAAAUAAAAAAUAGAAAAAAAUUAGAUUUGGAAAUCUCUUCAUUUGCUUGGCGAUUAAUUCCUUUCAUAAUUUUAAAUAUGUGUCAGAUUAAUUUUUAUUUCGACUAAAAA